AUGGUUUAUAAUGCGAUCAUACGCCGACCACAUUAUCACAUCCGUGGAGAGAUACGGCUAUCUCUUCCAGACCAUGACAAAUGGACAAUUAUUAUACAAAAAUAUUUUAAAGAACACUUUCUCUCUCUUACUCAUUGUCCUUUCUUUUCUCUCUCACGUUUCCUUUUUUUUUUUCUUUCUUUUUCUUUACACAAAUUCAAUUUAAAACACGGCCCGGCUGCAACAGAGAUAUAUACUUUCUUCUUCUCUCUUGAUUUCUCUUUCUUGUCUUCAAACACAGGCAGUAUUCUCAGCGUGCAAAUUUCCUUGCGUCUUCUUUCUCUCUUCCUUUCUCUCUUUCAUUUUCUUUCUUUCUUUUCUUUAUACAAAUUCAAUUUCAAACACGGUCAGGCUGCAACAGAGAUAUAUACUUUCUUCUUCUCUGUUUCUUUUUUUUUCUUUUUCUUUACACAGUUCAAUUUCAAACACGAGAAUAUAGCUUCUUUACUUCCACAUUGGCUUCCUGUUCUUGUUUUAAUUCUUCACGGGGUACGUUCACCUUGGGACGUAUCUCUAUUCGGUUAUAUUUCCCCACUUUGUUCCUUUUAUCGAUUCUUUUUAUCUGCCUUCUUUUCACCUGAUGCGCUGAUGUUUUUCGAGACUCAAUAUCUAUCUGUUUUCUGCCUGCAUCAUUUCCUAACAACAACGAAAUUCCCUUCAUCGGAAGUUUACCACCAAUGCAGAUCACUGUCUUUAUCUUCCCCGUCCUAUAUCUCAUAUUUUCCGGCACAUCACUUCGCCUUGCUAACGACUGGGAAGCCCCUGUGUCCCUUAACACUCUUAGGGUUUUCAUCUCCUUUCCGUUCCUGUCAAAAAUCUGACCGUUUGCAGUGUAUGGCCAGUAACUCUUGUCUAUCUGCUUCUUCUCUCUCUUACUCAUUGUCCUUUCUUUUCUCUCUCACGUUUCCUCUUUUUUUUUUUUUUUUUUUUUACACAAAUUCAAUUUCAAACACGGUCCAGCUGCAACAGAGAUAUAUACUUUCUUCUUCUCUCUUGUUUUCUUUUUUUCUUUCUUUCUUCACACAGUUCAGCUUCAAACACGGUCAGGCUGCAACAGAGAUAUAUACUUUCUUUUCUCUUCUUGAUUUCUUCAAACAACAGGCAUUUCUCUCUUUUUCUCAUUGUCCUUUCUUUUCUCUCUCACGUUUCCUCUUUUCUUUCUUUUUUUUUUUCUUUUUUUUUUCUUUGCACAAAUCCAAUUUCACACCCGGUCCGGCUGUAACAGAGAUAUACACAUUCUUCCUCUCUCUGGUUUUUUUUUUCUUUCUUUCUUCUUCUGUAUACAGUUCAGCCUCAAAUACGGUUAAAACUGCAACAGGGAUAUACACUUUCUUCCUCUCUCUGGUUUCUCUUUUAUUUCUUCAAACGCAGCUUCUGUCUAGACGUCUGUUGCUACGGGUAACUGGGUCAGUUAACCUCUUGAUGUGCCUUCCCAAAAUGUCUCGAGACUCCCACGUGACCUCUUCUGUUGUCGGGCGGAGAUUAACCUUAAUAUAUGCGGGUAUGCGUGUUUUGAGCUAUCUGCAUCCGUCACAUCUCCCAACAGGCUGGUCCUUUUCUAUCCAGUGGUUACCUUCCCUGUAUCUUUCUACCUUCUCUUUCUAUUGUUCACUCACUAGCAUUAUUGCUUGUUCUUCCUCUCUUUUACAAAAACAUUUUCAACAUAUUUACAUGGCAUUUCAUGCUACUUUUCCUUCGGUUGGGCAUAUGUACCCAAAUAAUUCAAACUGUUUCCUACCUAUGCCGAUCACUGACCUUAUCUUCCCUGUCCUAUAUCUCAUAUUUGCCGGCACAUCACUUCGCCUUGCUAACGACUGGGAGGCCCCUGUGUCCCUUAACACUCUCAGGCGAUAUGCCUCGGCUUUCUGCAUGUAUAGCACACUAUCUGUGGUGCUUCCCACUCAGUUCUCUCUCUUACUCAUUGUCCUUUCUUUUCUCUCUCACGUUUCCUUUUUUUUUUUUUUUCUUUCUUUUUCUUUACACAAAUUCAAUUUAAAACACGGCCCGGCUGCAACAGAGAUAUAUACUUUCUUCUUCUCUCUUGAUUUCUCUUUCUUGUCUUCAGACACAGGCAUUCUCUCUUUUACUCAUUGUCCUUUCUUUUCUCUCUCACGUUUCCUCUUUUUUUUCUUUUUUUUUUCUUUGCACAAAUCCAAUUUCACACCCGGUCCGGCUGUAACAGAGAUAAUUCUUCUUCUCUCUGGUUUUUUUUUUUUCUUUCUUCUUCUGUAUACAGUUCAGCCUCAAAUACGGUUAAAACUGCAACAGGGAUAUACACUUUCUUCCUCUCUCUGGUUUCUGCAGGUUGUAUUCUCAGCGUUGCUUGGGAUGAAUCGGCAAGUUCCAUCAUUAUCCAAAUGA